AUGGGAAAGAUCGAGAAGAUAUAUGUGACGGUUCUUCCUAUGACCACCGACGAGUAUGCAGUGGGGCAUCUACACACCGUUUCGUCGAUGACAGAGUCGGAAAACGCCGGAGACCUGCGGGUGGAGCUGGUGGGGGCAGAGCGUACUGUUCAUGAAACCCUUGGGAAGGUAAACAAGACGCAUAAGAUAAUGUACUUGAAGCCCAGAUUCCCAAGAGUGCUUCACAGCCUUAUUCCGGAGGAUGCAUGCAUAGUCGAGGAAAUCUCAUACAAUGCCUACACCAGAUACCACACGUUCUACAGGAACAGGUACUUCUCGAGCGACACGUUCAACAUGGUCUUCAACACAAUCAACAGGGACGGGGCAGAAAUACUCGAGAAUCCAUUUGGAUACGACCCGGAGCACAUCAAUCAGAUAGAGAGAAUCAGCCUGGACCUUCAUGCAGCCCCUGUAAACCCUGCAUUCGACCCCUCCGUCUAUUACCACGAAGAGAGCGGCCGCGGAAGGCUGGACGAGAACUGGGUGGAGACAUACAAAAGCAGAGGGAUGCCGAUGAUGGUAUCAUACAAGCACCUGACUGUUGAGAUAAACAACUAUAUGAUGGGGUGGGUUUCAGCAGAGAUAGAGAAGGUCAUGAGGGGUGUUAUAACGUCUAUCCAGCAGAGGAUAUUCUGCACAAUGGAUAAAUGGUAUGGAAGGAAUAAUAUAGACAGGACCCAAGAAGAGGAUCAAGAGGAUGGAAAUUUUAUUGAAUGA